AGGAUGUGUAUCCUCAUUUUACUACCUCUAAUUUCGUGUUCUCAUGCUCUCAGCAGGCAUUCCUCCAUUGGAAAUGUGUCAGAGGUCUCACGAAGUAUUGUAAUGAAUCUCGACGCUCGAAUGACAUGUUUAUAUGAGACACUUGAAAAGAAUAUGACACUGAGUGUGAGCCUUAGCCCAAUGCUAGAUCCAUUUCCGAUGUCAUUACGGUUGACGUCACCUUCAGGACAGUUCUCUGAGUGGGAAAAUGGCAAUGAUGAAGUGUACAUGCACCAUAAUGUUACUGAAGACGGAGACUAUGAGAUUUGUGCUGUCACAUCAAAGCCUAUGCAGGUGGCUUUGGACAUAUUCUUCCACGAUCCAAAGAAGUUUCAGGAAGCUCUUAACGACCAAAUGGAAGUACAUAAAAUUAAUGAAAAUUUGAAGAACACAGUGCGCGAGAUGGGUAAACGUAAUUUUCACAUGUAUAUGGCUAUCAGAGGCUACAACAAGCGUGUAGUCCGGGACCAAGCAAUGCAACAGUCCAACUCAGAUUAUAUCAAACUUUACGUCAUUAUUUUCUGCAUAACUAACAUCGUCGUUGGAGUCCUCCAAGUAGUUAUCAUUCACAGGAUGUUUUUCGUAGAUCCAAGGAAAAUCCGUGUAUGAGGAGCCUUUCGAAUGAUCUCUGAGCGAUAGUUUGUAACUUUACGGGAACUAGGGGAUAGGGAUAGAUAGCGAGAUGGAGAAAUUCGGCGCUUCAACGUACAAAUGGCCGCUACAUGAAGAAGGAAUAGCGGCGCAAAUGCGUUGCUAGCAAGAAGAAGAAGUUGGAGCGUUUGACUCCAUGCCCAAAAUGGAUAUCUGACGGCCUUUGCGUUUCCUCUAAACAACCAUUCACCGUAAGGGUGGUGCGUUUUAUCUUCUGCUUGCCUUUUUAAGGAAUCACAAGAGCUGGCAUCAAGUUACUUGGGUGUCAAAGUGUUAAGUAUCCCAAGUGCACUUCCUUGAUACAAGUCAAACUGCAUCGCUGAGG